AUGGCCAGUGGGACUACCUAUGUGGGGAGUACUGUCCCCAAAGAUCUGCCGGCCGUGAUUGGGGUAGCGUUAAACAAACAGCCCUCUGCUAAACGGGCCAACAGCUCGGCCACUGGCGGCCCCCAAGAGCUUCGGGAAGCGGACUCCCGGUCAGGAGGCACAGAUCGGACCCUGCGCCCGCCAUGGCCGCCCGGCAGCCGGCGGGGCCCUCUGGGAAGCCGGCCUGAGCUCGGCGCUGCCCCCGGGGCCCCGGAACACCGCGAGCAGGGCCAGGUUCUCUCCCCCCAGCUGGGCUCGCUCGCUCUCCACGACCUGGGCCCAGCUGUGGGAGAGCCGCUUCUCUGCCUGCAGCUGGUGGAGCUGGUCCAGGCAGGUCCUCAGGCGCCGGCGGCUCUGGCUCAGCUCCGAGGAGAGCUGCUCGUUCUCCUAGGGGUGACAUCCCAGAGCGGCGGUCACCGUCCCCUGCGUCCCCCGCCUCUCCCCGAUCCCACCCCAACACCGGGCCUGGCGGCUUCGGGGACGAGAGGGGCAAAGUCAUUCCUACCCCCGCGGGAGCGGCCGGAGCGCCCUGGGCAGCGCGGCCUUCCCACUCCCCGUCCCUCCCCCGUGGGAGCGGCCGGAACGGGCCCUGGGCAGCGCGGCCUUCCCACUCCCCGUCCCUCCCCCGUGGGAGCGGCCCGAGCGGGCCCUGGGCAGCGCGGCCUUCCCACUCCCCGUCCCUCCUCCGCGGGAGCCGCCGGAGUGCCCUGGGCAGCGGGGCCUUCCCACCCCCGUCCCUCCCCCGCGGGAGCGGCCGGAACGGGCCCUGGGCAGCGCGGCCUUCCCACCCGAGUCCCUCCCCCGCGGGAGCGGCCCGAGCGGGCCCUGGGCAGCGCGGCCUUCCCACCCCCGUCCCUCCCCCGCGGGAGCGGCCCGAGCGGGCCCUGGGCAGCGCGGCCUUCCCACCCCCGUCCCUCCCCCGCGGGAGCGGCCGGAGCGCCCUGGGCAGCGCGGCCUUCCCACUCCCCGUCCCUCCUCCGCGGGAGCCGCCGGAGCGCCCUGGGCAGCGCGGCCUUCCCACCCGAGUCCCUCCCCCGUGGGAGCGGCCGGAGCGGGCCCUGGGCAGCGCGGCCUUCCCACCCCCGUCCCUCCCCCGCGGGAGCGGCCCGAGCGGGCCCUGGGCAGCGCGGCCUUCCCACCCCCGUCCCUCCCCCGCGGGAGCGGCCGGAGCGGGCCCUGGGCAGCGCGGCCUUCCCACCCCCGUCCCUCCCUCGCGGGGCGGGGCCCUGGAAGAGGGCUUUGGGGCAGGGUUAUCACUGCUGCUGCUUUCUUAUGGGAGACGUCGGGGGACAGGCGGAGGGUGCUGGGAUCGGGCCGGGAAGUUCCCGUCUCCUCCCGACACUAAUGGCGCUCAGCGAGUCCCUGGGCAGGCUCCCGGGACUCCGGGUCUGCACAGGGAGCCUUCGCCAGUCACUCUCCGGGAGAUCUGGGGGAGCAUCCACAGCUGCCCCCCACGCCGGUCUCUGCCUGCCCCGUGAGAGCACCGGGUCAGCUGCUCGGCGCCUGCUCUGGUCCAGAGGCUCUGGGACUCCGGCCGAGUUCUCGGGAAGCCCCGCUCCGAGGAGGCCCAGGAAGAGGGGCCAGACCCGUUACCUCUUUGAUGAUGGCCAGCUCUUCUUGGAGGAGGAUCACAUCGAAGGCCUUGUGGGGGGUGGAGGCCCCUGGGCCCUCCCCCUCCCCCAGAGCCGCACUGGCGUCAGGCUUCCGCUCCUGUCCUCCAUCACCCGGGCCUGGCUCCUCCUGGAAACAAAACCAGCCUUAACCGCCCCCAUCCCCUCUGGGCUAGAGGCCCGUUCUCUGUCCCGGCUCCUGGUGAGCCCGACGGCGGGGACCCCGGGCAGCGGCCCCCCCUCCUCAGUGACCCCGACGGCGGGGACCCCGGGCAGCGGCCCCCCCCUCCUCAGUGACCCCGACGGCGGGGACCCCGGGCAGCGGCCCCCCCUCCUCAGUGACUCCGACGGCGGGGACCCCGGGCAGCGGCCCCCUCUCCUCAGUGACCCCGACGGCGGGGACCCCGGGCAGCGGCCCCCUCUCCUCAGUGACCCCGAUGGCAGGGACCCCGAUGGCAGGGACCCCGGGCAGCGGCCCCCUCUCCUCAGUGACCCCGAUGGCGGGGACCCCGGGCAGCGGCCCCCCCUCCUCAGUGACCCCGACGGCGGGGACCCCGGGCAGCGGCCCCCCCUCCUCAGUGACCCCGACGGCGGGGACCCCGGGCAGCGGCCCCCCCUCCUCAGUGACCCCGACGGCGGGGACCCCGGGCAGCGGCCCCCUCUCCUCAGUGACCCCGACGGCGGGGACCCCGGGCAGCGGCCCCCCCUCCUCAGUGACCCCGAUAGUGGCUGGGCCGGAUGA